GAGCAGGGACCGUAUCUCCGGAAGCUCCUCCCCGCGGGGGCUGCCCCCUCCCCGCGGAAUGAGGCGACGGUUAUUUCUCGCUGCUGCCGAAGCAGCCCAGUCGGCGCCCGCGCAGCCCGGGACUCGUGGGGGCGAUUGGCAGGUCCGCGAGCUCCGCUGCCCCCCGGCGCUGCGGGAUACCGGGGCCAAGGGAUGUAGCUGUAAAGAAAAUCAAGGGGUGAUGGAGUAGAAGCAUAAAGAAGUUUACUUUAUGAAGGCUAAUGAGUGAUUCGAGUAAAAGUUCGAAGCGAUGUGACUGCUGGACUGGUUUUACAGAGCUUUUGAAAUGAGAGAACUACAUCUCUCAUUCCUGUAGGUCAAGUGACGCUAAUGGUGGAAUAAACUGACUUCAGUACAAAUAAAACUGAUCAAUCCAAAUCGCAAGUACAAUAUAAACAAGUGUGAUGUUGAAAUGAGAUGAGGCUCCGAAAUGGAACUGUGGCCACCGUGUUAUUUUUCAUCACUUCUUUUCUCAGUUUGUCCUGGUACACUGCAUGGCAAAAUGGCAAAGAAAAGCUGAUUGCUUAUCAGCGGGAAUUUCAUGCUUUGAAGGAACGUCUUCGUAUUGCUGAGCAUAGAACCCUGCAGCGUUCCUCUGAGCUAAAUGCCAUCUUGGAGCAAUUCAGACGUGCAGUAGCAGAAACAAAUGGAAGUAAGGAUGCAUUAAACAGUUUUUCAGAUGAAACGCUGAAAUUGUUAAAAGAGCUAACAAGCAGAAAAUCUCUUCAAGUGCCAAAUAUCUACUACCAUUUGCCUCAUUUGUUGAAGAAUGAAGGAAGCCUUCAUCCUUCUGUGCAGAUUGGCCUGGGACGAACAGGCGUUUCAAUUGUAAUGGGAAUUCCCACCGUGAAGAGAAAAGUAAAGUCUUAUCUUACAGAAACCCUUCACUCUCUUAUUGAUAAAUUGUCUCCAGAAGAGAAACUGGAUUGUGUUAUGGUUGUCUUCAUAGGAGAGACAGAUCUUGACUAUGUACACAGUGUUGUAGCAAGCCUGGAAAAAGAAUUUUCUACAGAAAUCAGUUCUGGCUUGGUGGAAAUAAUAUCCCCACCUGCGACUUACUAUCCUGACUUGACAAAUUUAAAAGAGACAUUUGGAGACUCAAAAGAAAGAGUCAGAUGGCGAACAAAGCAAAACUUGGACUAUUGUUUUCUUAUGAUGUAUGCCCAGAAAAAAGGCAUUUAUUAUAUUCAGCUUGAAGAUGAUAUUGUUGUCAAGCAGAAUUAUUUCAGCACGAUAAAAAAUUUUGCACUUCAACUUUCUUCUGAAGAUUGGAUGAUUCUAGAAUUUUCUCAGCUGGGUUUCAUUGGUAAAAUGUUCCAAUCUCCAGAUAUCACUCUUAUUGUAGAGUUCAUAUUUAUGUUUUAUAAGGAGAAACCUAUUGAUUGGCUCUUAGAUCAUAUACUCUGGGUGAAAGUCUGCAACCCUGAAAAAGAUGCAAAACAUUGUGACAGACAGAAAUCUAAUCUACGAAUACGCUUCAGGCCUUCCCUUUUCCAACAUGUUGGACUGCACUCCUCCCUAGCAGGAAAGAUCCAGAAACUCACGGAUAAAGACUUCCUGAAACCAUUAUUACAUAAAAUUCAUGUGAAUCCACCCGCGGAAGUUUCUACAUCUUUAAAAGUCUACCAAGGACAUACACUGGAAAAAACCUAUAUGGGAGAGGAUUUUUUCUGGGCUGUUACACCAAUUGCUGGGGAUUAUAUCCUAUUUAAAUUUGACAAACCAGUCAACGUAGAAAGAUACUUGUUUCAUAGUGGCAAUCCAGAGCAUCCAGGAGAUAUUCUACUAAAUACUACAGUGGAGGUUCUGCCUUUUAAGACCUUAUUUACAAAGAGCAGAGACUUUCAUUCAGAAUAAAGCUUGGUAAAAGGAAGAUGGGUAAUCUGGAGGAGAACAGUGUUUACUCACCUACUUUUGUUUAGCUGCUGCUUUUAUUUUUAUUUUUUUUAAGAAUUGGAUUUUGGAGGAAUUGGCUUCACUCUGCUUCCUCAUUUUUCAUCCACUGAGUGUCCAGCCUUAAAGAUCCUGCACAAAUCCAGCUAAGCUUUAUUUUGGCAUCUUAAUUGUCAAGUUAAUAGAACAGAGUCUGAAACUUUUUAUUCCUUCUACACAAGUAACCUGGAUUUUACCUCAAGAUGGCAAUGCAGUGAAUAAAGUCAAUUCCAGUCUGUGGUCAGACUCUAACCACUGUACCUAUAGGAGAAUCUUUACUCUUUUUCACCACAAAAAAAAUUAUUCCAAUAGCGAAGACAUUACUUCAAAAAGAGGGUUAUUUCAGCAGGUAUCAAGAGUGAUCUAAAGUAUUUGUGUCUGAUCUCAUUGCAAAUGAUACACAUCUGAUGCAGAUAUUUUCAGCUGGAAGAACCCUGACCAUUGUGUCUGGAAGAUUAACAUAUGAUGAUUCAAAGUGAUAUCAGAGCAGUGGUCUUGCUAGUAUUCCUUUCUCCCCUACUUUAUUCCCAUCUGCCUCCCCCACACAAAUCCUACCUUCAACACUCCUGAGAUAUUACUUCACAAUUUUAAUCAAAACAAGACCCACUCUCCUCUCCCCACUUUCUUGUGUUGUGAGAGGCCUAAAUUAUUGAUGUUCAUACAUACAUUACAAGAGUGAAAUUAUAAAAAAGAAAUAACUGAUGAAAAUGCAAAAAUUAUUUAGAGAGCUGCAUAAUUUCACAAUGGAAAUAUCUUUAGCCAAAUUCAGAACUGGUAUAAACAGAUGUGAAAUGGAGUUGUACCCAAAUUAGGCCUAAAUUUGGCUCAUCAUAUUUACUCUACCCAGUAGAAUGUUAAUUUGAUUUAAGUUCACUAGUUUUACCUUGGAGGUCAGGUGGGAAAAGGUGGGAAACAUUUCAUACAAGAACAGGUAAAGAGUGUUGUAAAUCAGAUUAUAUCUUGAUAUCCCUUUCUCCUGAUGGUUGAUUCAUGUUGAUUAGUCAACAAUAUUUUUCUUUUAAAAAAUCCAUAUAUUUAUCAUGUAUACAAUUCUAAACAUUAUUAAAAUUAUUAAUUUUAAUACAGUUUACAUUUCAUCAUACUAUUUUACAUGUCUAAAUAAAGCCCAAAGAUGUAUAGAAAGACAACUAGAAGCUUAUAAAAGGGGCUAAAAUAUGUUGCCAACUCUUGUGAUUUUUAUCGUGAGUCUUGCCAUAUUUGUUGUUUUUCUUAAAUUCUUAGUUUCUUGAGUCAAGUGAUUACAUGAGGGUAUUAGCGUUUUUAAAGGAAAACAAAAAAUAAAGUAAUUUUCUAGCCUUAUUGAUUGCAGAGAAAACUUUGAAAAGUUUGAAAGUGGUGGAUGUGAUAUAUCUUGACUUUAGCAAAGUUUUUGAUACAGUCUCCCACCGUAUUCUUGCCAGCAAGUUAAAAAAGUAUGGAUUAGAUGAAUGGACUAUAAGGUGAAUAGAAAGCUGGCUAGAUGGUUGGCCUCAACGGGUAGCGAUCAACAGCUUGAUGUCCUGUUGGCAGCCGGUAUCAAGCAGAGUGCCCCAGGGGUCUGUCUUGGGGCCAGUUUUGUUCAACAUCUUCAUUAAUGAUCUGGAUGAUGGAUGGAUUGCACCCUCAGCAAGUUUGUGGAUGACACUAAGCUGAGGGGAGAGGUAGAUAUGCUGGAGGGUAGGGAUAGGGUCCAGAGUGACCUAGACAAAUUGGAGGUAUAUAAAAUCAUGAGUGGUGUGGAGAAAGUAAAUAAGGAAAAGUUAUUUUCUUGUUCCCAUAAUGUAAGAACGAGGGACCACCAAAUGAAAUUAAUUGGCAGCAGGUUUAAAACAAAUAAAAGGAAGUUAUUCACGCAGUCAGCCUGUGGAACUCCUUGCCUGAGACGGUUGUGAAGGCUAGGGCUAUAACAAGGUUUAAAAGAGAACUAGAUACAUUCAUAGAGGUUAAGUCCAUUAAUGGCUAUUAGCCAGGAUGAGUAAGGAAUGAUGUCCCUAGCCUCUGUUUGUCAGAGGGUGGAGAUGGAUGGCAGGAGAGAGAUCACUUGAUCAUUACCUGUUAGGUUCACUCCCUCUUGGGCACCUGGCAUUGGCCACUGUCAGCAGACAGGAUUCUGGACUGGAUGGACCUUUGGUGUGACCAUUCUAAUGUUCUUAUGGAGUAUUGGGCCAAAAGAAAUCUGAUGAGAUUCAACAAAGACAAGAGCAGAGUCCUGCACUUAGGGCAGAAGUAUCCCAUGCACCGCUACAGGCUGAUCAACUGGCUAAGUGGUAGUUCUUCAGAAAAGGACCUGGGGAUUACAGUGGACAAGAAGCUGGCUAUAAAUCAACAAUGUGCCCUUGUUGCAAGAAGGCUAACGGAAUAUUAGCCACAUCUGUGAUGCCAUAUCUGGAGUAUUGUGUCCAGUUUUGGGUCCCCUACUACAGAAAGGAUUUGGACAGAUUGAAGAGUCCAGCGGAGGACAACGAAAAUUAUUAGGGGGCUGGGGCACAAGAUUUAGGAGGAUAGGCUGAGGAAACUGGGCUUAUUUAGUCUGCAGAAGAAAAGAGUGAAGUGGGAUUUGAUAGCAGCCUUCAACUACCUGAAGCAGGGUUCCAAAGAGGAUGGAGCUAGGCUGUCCUCAGUGAUGGCAGAUGACAGAACAAGGAGCAAUGGGCUCAAGUUGCAGUGUGGGAGGUCUUGGUUGGAUAUUAGGUGGGUAGUGAAGCACUGGAAUGGGUUGCCUAGGGAGGUGGUGGAAUCUCCAUCCUUAGAGGUUUUUAAGGCCCAGCUUGACAAAGCCCUGGCUGGAAUGAUUUAGUUGGGGUUGUUCUUGCUUUGAGCAGGGAGUUGGACUAGAUGACCUCCUGAGGUCCCUUCCAACCCUAAUCUUCUAUGAUCUGAGGACUUGCCUACAUAUGGAUAUCUAGAAAAUUAAUCCAUAUUAACUAAAGGUGUGAAUUUGAAGUAGAAUUAGCUAAACCACAUUCACUUCCAAAGUGAAUUAAACUAAAUUGAAUUAAGGCCACUUUAAUUCUGAAUAACCCUAUCAAGCAAUUUUAUUAAUCACCAUAAAUUCCCCAGAGUAAAACCUUUGGAUUUAGUUCAUCUGACCCUGGAUGCAAUUACUAGACUGUUCACGUUUCUUUCUUCAGUUUCAUUUUUCUAUGUCUUUAUUAAAGAGAGCUUACUGGUAUCCAUCCCCUUUGUACAUGGAGGGUCUUUUCUAGAGGCACUGUGUAUUGAAGAAUUACAAAUACUGUAUUUUUCACAUGGAUCUUCAUCUCAACUAUUUUUUACCAAAAGUAAAUUAGGGAUUUCACAGAUCCCAGGAGAUAGUCCUCCCAUCAUUUUCUACAAACUCUACGCAUCCAAAAGCAAAGCUCCAGCAAAUAUUUGAUGUCCACCAAGCUGUUAAGAUCUACCUGGCAAGAAUGUAAAUGUAUAGAAAAGUCAUGCAGCAACAAGAGCGAAAAAAAGGCAUCUAAAGCAUUAAUUGCUAUAUAGCUGGAGUAUUGCAUUAAAGAAGCCUAUGAAGCAGGUUUACAGGAAAGAUAAAGCUCUUCAAACAAGGACAUUAUUUACUUCCUGGACUGGUAAAUUUUUUGUGUUGAAUAAAGGCGUUGGUAAGGCAGCAACAGUCACCUAAUUAAGCAUUCAACAGGCGCUGGGAAUUGGACACAGGCCUUGACAGAUGCUGCCUUAGUAGGAGGGUAUUGCAUACAGUACUAUGAUACCUAAUAAUCUCUUAAAGUAUCAUUGCUUCAGUAGUCUUGCUUGUGGCCUACCCUUCCUUGGGGCUUUCCCACUAUAGGAAUGGUGAGCCUAGGUAAGAAUGAGAAAGUUGAUAACUGCUGAUACUACUUCUCUGAAUACCCCGGCACAAUGUUCUGACCCACCUGUUAAUUGGAAGUAAGUAAAAGUUGUUUGAGGACAGAUUGUUCUGUACAUAGACUUACUCAAGUGGAAGUUGAUUGUUAAUUGUUGUUCUAGUGUUACAAACUGAGCUGUGUUUUAGCUUUGGAAGCAUUCUCAGUUUAUAGAAAAAGCAGCCAGCCCCAAUGUGGGCGAUAAGUUUCUGAUCCUGCCUCCUCAAACUGCAGAUGAGAACAAAAACCAACUACAGGAAUAUGAUAAGCCUGGAUACUCAAAAAAGAAAUCAGCAAGUAUCUGGUUUUUUUCUGAAUACAGCAGGCAGAUGAGCUAGGCCUAUUUUAAGAUUAAAGUAUGGUAUAUGGUUUCAUGAGUGUCCUUUGGGUGGGGAAGAGGUUACUUAAUCUGUCUCUCCCCAGAUCAGCUGCGGAGCAGGCUUUACCUGAGUGUCUUUUCUGUUGUGUAUGCCAGUAUCUGCAAUAUCCUUGUGCUUCAUCAUAUGAGUUUUUACGAGUGGUACUUUUCUCUUCUACCCUGAAGCCAAAUACAGUCAGUUCUGGGAUGGGUUUUUUUUUUUGUUUUGUUUGAAGAAAAGCCUGUGCUAUAAAUAACAUCUGUUUGCUCAUGGAAAUAGUAGGCCAGUUCAGAGUUUUAGGAAAGUGUUCUAAAUGCAGAACAAGGGCACCCACGUUUUGCUCUAGCUUGCAGAUUUAUUAGAUACAUGCAAAAUAAGUGCUUUCCUU